CACCGCUUUGUCCUGUCUCCAUACAAGCCAAGAUGAGCUACGGAUCGGAAGUCUUCUCCUCCUCCUCCUACAGGAAGAUUUUCGGGGAUUCUCCCCGCUAUGCCUCCUCUCCAUCGCGGACACCCAUGUCCUCCCGUGGAGGGUACCGGUCCUCCUCCGCAUCCCGGACCAACGCGUCCUCCCUGCAUGGCGCGUACAGCAGAAAGGCCGGCCGCUCCUUCUCCAUGCCACUGGAGACCUUCGAUCUCACACAGAGCAACGUCCUCAACAAUGAGUUUAAAAUCAUCCGCACCAAUGAGAAGGAGCAAAUGCAGGGUCUCAACGACCGCUUUGCGAUGUUCAUCGACAAGGUGCGCAACUUGGAGCAGAGCAACAAAGUGCUGGAGACGGAGCUGGUGGCGCUGCGCCAGCGCCAGGCGGAGCCGUCCCGUCUGGCGGAGCUGUACCAGCAGGAGAUACGAGAACUGCGCUCUCAGCUCGAAGAAGUGAACGGGGAGAAGUCCCAGCUGCUGAUCGAGAGGGAUACUAUCGACGACGACCUGCAGAAGCUCAGGGGGAAAUACGAAGAGGAGUUCCGCGCCCGGGAGGAGGCGGAGGCCACGCUCAAAGCGUUCAGGAAAGACGUGGACGAUGCCACCAUGGUGCGCCUGGACCUGGAGAAGAAAGUGGAGUCUCUGCUGGACGAGAUCAACUUCCUCAGGAAGGUGCACGACGAGGAGGUGGUGGAGCUGACGGACAUGAUCCAGGCCGCGCAGGUGUCCGUGGAGAUGGAGGUGGCCAAGCCCGACCUCACCUCCGCCCUCAAGGAGAUCCGCAGCCAGUACGACUCCAUGGCGUCCAAGAACAUGCAGUCCGCGGAGGAGUGGUACAAGAGCAAGUUCGCGGAUCUGUCCGAGCAGGCGACCCGGGGAAACGAGGCCAUCCGCGCCAGCCGGGAGGAGCUGAACGAGUUCAGGAGGCAGCUGCAGUCCAAGACCAUCGAGAUAGAGAGCCUGCGGGGAACCAACGAGUCCAUGGAGAAGCAGCUGCGGGAGAUGGAGGACAGGCACAACAUGGAGAUUGGCACUUACCAGGAUGGCAUGGCAGAACUGGAAAAUGAGCUGAGGACCACCAAGAGUGAGAUGGCCCGUCAUCUGAGGGAAUAUCAGGAUCUGCUCAAUGUCAAGAUGGCACUUGAUAUUGAAAUUGCAGCAUACAGGAAACUACUGGAAGGAGAGGAGACCCGCAUUGGAACAGGCAUAGCCUAUCCUGGCCCCUCCUUAAGUGCCGGUGGUGGGCAAAGCUAUAGCUACCAAACCCGCAUUUACACCGGCUCUGGCAAAAGCUCCAAGAAGGAGAGCAAGGAAGAUGAGCAGCAGAGCAAGUCUGGUGGCAAGGUGUCCCAGCGUGAAUCUUACGAGGAGACACACGUCACCACCAAGAAGUUGGAGAAGCAACAAGAGGAAAUCCCCACCAAUCAGAAAAACUAAAAGCCUACUGCACACCCGAUUUAAAACCCCUUAAGUUUCCCUUUAUCUUGCAAGCUCAAACAUCACAAACCUCUCCCAUCUUAAAAGCAUAGUGAGUGUGUGUCAGAUGUCUUCAAGUAAUUAGAGAGCAGGAUCUAUAGGUUUGUUUCAUGUUGAGUAAAUAAAUGGUGUUCGUCAUCAUGCUACUUUAACCAUCACACUGUAAAACCCACAGUACAGCUCCUAUCUCUUUCUCUCUUUCACAAGCUCAUAGUUAAACAAUAACGAGCACAUAGGUAGCAUCUCAAAAAUAUGGUCUUUCAAAGUACCAAUGUUCAACCAGUCUUUCUCACUAAUAUUACAUCAAUCCGUAGGACUGACACAUAGUAGAUAACAACUGGUCAUGCAUUUUGCCACAAACUGUGAAUUACUCUAAGCAUGUUGCAAGGAAUUGGUUAUGGUGUGCAUUAAGACAGAAAAUACAUUCAAAAGAUAGCAACUGUUAUUGGUUUGCAUUCACUUACUAAAAGAAACAUUUUUUUUAAUUAGUUUGAUUUAUGAAAGGAAGAGCACUAUACGUAACCAAAGGAUUUAAAAUAAUCUACAAGAAAUGGCAGUGUUCCUUAAUACAUGAAGCUAGAAUGUUGAACAAAAGGUUAUUUGCUUUUUUUACAAUUUGAUGACAGUAAGUGAAUUUAAUAAUUUUUACCGCAACCUGACCAUCUCUGCAUGACAACAUCGUCAGUCCAGCAUUUAUCUGUUUUAAAUUACCAGUGAUUUUUAAUUCACAAAUCUCAUUCACAGUCGCUUUUUAAAUGUAAUUAGGAUUUGAGUAACCAGGAAAUCGUAUUACCCAAGGACAAAUUGCAUGCCAUGCAUGUAAUUCAUUGUCAAUUGGAAAAUCAAAAUAUAUUAUCGUUAAAGGUUUUGAUGAUAAAAAUGCAUCAUAAUGCAGAAUACCUUUUAAUGAUUGUAAAUUAUAGCUGGGCUCAAUUUCACAGCAUUAUUGUUACUCUUUGGAAGUGAUUUAGUGGGCUGACUGUAUCUUGACUGUAGAUAUUAUGCGCAAAAAGGGAGCCUCUGUUGAUGCACUUAAAAAGGAGUGGAUUCUGCCUAGGCUGGAAAUAUAUAACAGUUUGCAUGUCCUGUUAUGAAGUACACAGCAGGGGAGGAAAAACAUGGAGCCCAUUUGAUAGUGAAGGAUAGCCUUUCACACAGUUCAUUAAACUAGAGACUGAAUUGUUAAUUUUGCUUUUUCAAACAUGAUUGAGAGAUCCAUCCCUUGUGUACACAGACCAUAUCUAAUGAAGCACAUUUGACUCUAGCAUCAUACCACUCAGUCUGAAGACCACCAAACCAACUGGAUUCAAAAUACAUCAAGUUUAUGAAAAACCUGUCAUCCCAUGAUGUGUUUGAAACAACUUGACCUCUCUCUCUUUAAUUGUGGCCAUGACUGGAUAAAAUGUCUGUUGUAGUAUGAAUUCACUAUCACUAGGAAUACUUCAGUGUGAGAAGUGUAGCUUGUUUUUUCUGCUUGUGCACUGCCAGCUCUGACACAGCUAUUUUAUCCUUUUAGUGUUGGUCAUGGUGAUUAACACUGACAAACUGCACUCGCACUAUGAAUGAGAAAAAAAAACUACUGAUUGUAUAAAGGCGUCUUUAGAUUUGGUUAAGGUUUAUUAUAGUAUCUUGGUACUGUACAAAGUGUGCUUGUAACUUUACACUGUGGCCUAUAAAGCUUCGAAUAGUACAAAAGAAGAUAUUCAAUCUGAAAGUUGGGCUUUUUGAUGUAUGAAAUAUUGAAUUUAAGCUGUGAAGCAGAGAAAAAUAUCUCAGAAGAACGCUAAUAGUGUUUCACAGUUCACAUGAUUGCAAUGGGAAAAUCAUUCAUAGUUACAAACAAUACGCCUUGAUCUUGCACAGUAAACCAAAAACAAUGUCACUACAACAGCACUGCCAGUCUUUUCCAAGUUCACAUUCAUGGAAAAUGAAGUUACCAAAAAUACAAUAUAUCACUAAUGCAUAUUCAACAAUCAAUACUCAGUCAUACUGUAGAACAAUUACUGUAGGAUGUAAUCUGCCUUAAAACACUAGCAGCUUCUGGCUAUGUGCUUGAUGUGUAUGAUUCUUAUUCAAUGGGGUGUUGAAAAAUUAUUAUCUCUUCAGUAGUGUUUAUUAGUUAUCAUUACAUUGAAAGCAUAGGGACUGAAUGUAGUUGACAUGCUAUUCUCUUUACUGUGACUACUAUUAUGUAUUGCGGUAUGACACAAUAGUAAUAAAGACUUGAUAUUACUAAAGCUGC